AUCUCUGCAAUAAAAAUGGCUGAUCAAACCACCAAAGAAAAGUUGCUGAGAAAGGCAAAGGGUCUAAGUGAAAGCAAGCUUAGAGCCUUUGACAUUGGCAAUAUGUCUCUUGGAACUAAGUCACUGUCUAAAAGAGAAUUGGAAGAAAUGAAGAGAAGGAAAGAUGAAGAGGCUACAGCUGCAGUAUAUCAAGAAUUUGUGGCAUCAUUUGAAGAUGCUGGCAAGCUGAAUAAGUCUUGGGUGAAAGGUGGUGUUGUAAAUCCUGAUAAAAAAUCAGAUGAAAAGAGUGGAGGUAGUCGACUAUAUAAACCAACAUCCAAAUUAGCUCAAUUGGCAUCAACAUUCUCAUCAACUAAGGAAAUUAAAAGGGAGGAAGAGAGGAGAGAAGAAAAAUUUAAAUCACAAGCUUUUGGAAAAAAGAAAAAGGAUGAGAAGAAAAAAAGUAAUUUGGAGUUGUUCAAGGAAGAAUUAAAAUCCAUUCAAGAACAAAGAGAAGAGCGUCAUGCAAUAAAAAAAGCAAGAGGUGACACAGUUGCUGUAGAAAAUCCAGAGAUCAUGACUUCUGCCUUAAGAUCUUCAAGUGUUUAUGACAUUGAUUCAUCAGGCAGUUUUCCAAGAGGAAUGGGAGAGCCUGGAGAUGAGAAUACCACAAAUAUUUAUGUGGGCAACAUUAACCCCAAAAUGACAGAAAAAGAGCUUUGCGAGAUUUUUGGCAAAUACGGUCCUCUUGCCAGCGUGAAGAUUAUGUGGCCUAGAACAGAGGAGGAGCGCUCGAGAGGAAGAAACUGUGGUUUUGUUGCAUUUAUGAACAGAAAGGAUGGGGAGCGGGCUAUGAAUGCCCUGAAGGGUAAAGAGAUCAAUGCAUUUGAGAUGAAACUUGGAUGGGGUAAAGCAGUGCCAAUCCCUCCCCAUCCUAUUUAUAUACCACCAGCCCUGGCAGAGCUUACACAGCCUCCUCCUCCAUCUGGCCUACCUUUCAAUGCUCAGAUUAAACGACGCAAAGACCGUGACUACACCAGUGGUCAACUGCAUGUCUUGCCAGAGAACCCUGAUGAGCUUGACCAGACCUUAGCAAAUGCAGUUGUGAAAGUGGUAAUCCCCACAGAAAGACAACUCUUGGCCUUGAUUCACCGCAUGGUAGAAUUUGUUGUUCGCGAAGGUCCAAUGUUUGAAGCCAUGAUCAUGAAUAGAGAAUUAAAUAACCCAUUUUUCAGAUUUUUGUUUGAUAAUAAGAGUCCUGCUCACACUUACUACAGAUGGAAACUGUAUUCUAUCUUACAUGGGGAUACAGCCACAAAAUGGAGGACAGAGGAGUUCAGAAUGUUUAAGGGAGGCUCUAUAUGGCGUCCUCCACCCAUAAACCCCUUCACACAAGGAAUGCCAGAAGAUCUUGUCAACAGGGAAGCUAAUUCAGAGUUUGAACUUAUUUUACGAAAAGGAAAACUUACAAACAGUCAAAGAGAUCGGUUAGAAGAUGUCCUCAGAGAAUUGACUCCUGAAAGAAUGAAAAUUGCAGAAGCAAUGGUUUGGUGUUUGGAUCAUGCUGAAGCAGCAGAAGAAAUAGUGGAAUGCAUUGCAGAAUCUUUAAGCAUUUUACAGACACCACUUCCUAAAAAAAUCGCAAGGUUGUUUUUGGUUUCAGAUAUUUUAUUCAAUAGUAGUGCCAAAGUUCCAAAUGCAUCAUUUUUUAGAAAAUUCUUCCAAAGCAAACUAAAAGAAAUUUUUAAAGACAUCAACGAAUCUUACGAAAAAAUAGAAGGUCGACUAAAGGCUGAACAAUUUAAGCAAAAAGUGAUGAACUGCUUCAGGGCCUGGGAGGAUUGGGCAGUGUAUCCCAAUGAUUUCCUCAUCACUCUUCAGAACAUAUUUCUUGGUCUAGUUAUGCCUACCAAAGAUGAGUCCCCAGAGAGAAAGAUAGAAAAACCUUUGGAUCUUGAUGGUGCUCCAUUAGAAGAUGUAGAUGGAUUUCCAUUAGCUGUGUUACCAAAGCCUGUCCCAGAUUUAGAUGGUGAUGAGAUAAAAGAAGAUGUUGAUGGUUUACCUUUAAUGGAAGCUGACAUCGAUGGUGAUCCUUUUCCUGCAAAAGCACCAACCCCUCCUCCCACAGCAGCCCAACCAGCAUUUAUUCGUUCUAAAUGGGAAGAAGUAGAUGAAACAGAGCUGCAAGCGCAAGCAAUGACAACAUCAAAGUGGGAAAUGUUGGAACCAGAAGAGGAGGCAAACACCCAUGAAACAGGCGAAGAUAUUGAUGGAAUGCCACUAGAUGAUACAAACCGACCAUCCAAUGUCCAGUCUGAUGAGAGUGAUAAUGAAAGUGAGCCAGACUCUGUCAGUAUGUCACGCUCCUCAAUGCAGGACAAUGUAUAUAACUUAAAAUACAGUCAACUUUCAGAAGAAAGGAGACAGAAACUGCGAGAGAUUGAGGUGAAAGUAGUCAAAUAUCAAGAUGAAUUAGAAGCUGGAAAACGCUCAAGGAAAUCUGGUAUGAGCUUACAGGAUCAAGUAGAGCAUUACAGAAGGAAACUCCAUAAUAAGCUACUAAACAUGCAGGAUUCUCCCCAAGCUGAGAGAGACAGCAGCGGUAGUAAAAAGAGAUAUAGAUCAAGAUCAUCAUCUCCAUCCCGUCAAGCCAAAUCCUCUGAAAGAUCUGACACACCAAAAAGAAAAAAGAAAGAUAAAGAUCGAAGUCCUAAGCGUUCCUCACGAAGGUCAAGGUCUGGAUCAAGGUCCAGGUCGCCAGGAAGAAUUUCCCGCAGUCCUGGUAGAGAAAGAAAGAAACACAAAUCAAGAAAGCACAGAGAUUGACCUGAUAGUUCAAUGUGUUGUGUGAGAGUACCCUGCAUGAACUUCUUGGUAACAAUGUCUAGUUCUGUGAGAGACUGUCUAGUUUCCUGGUCACUGAAAGAGUUUGAUGGUCUCAGUGAGAAAGGCUUACACGUUUUGGGGUCAAAAGAGAGAGAAGGUCUAGUCUUAUGGUUACUGACUGAGUGAAAGGAAAUAACCUCUUUGUUACUAGUAAUUGUUGUACAUAGUGUAUGAUUAAAUGAGAUAAACUUACAGUUUGUCUACUUGUUGUCCAAGUUGGAUGUGACAAAUGACCACUAUACAUUUUAAAAACUUGUUUAACAAAAAUGAAUUGAUCAUGCUUCACUUGAUACAGUGUGGCCUGAAUGCUAUGGAUUGAUUGCAUAGGCUGAGUAUCUGAGUGGAUUGGGAUAAAUGACAAGCUCCUGUAUGUUACUUUCUUUGAUGUUGAACGUUUGUAUUAAUGUUUAUUUUGUUAAGCUUUACCCUCCAAAAACUUUUUUUUUUCCAUAUCAAACUUUCAACUUGUGGGACAUAUACCUUUUAUUUAAACAAGGCUUUGAUUCCUGAGUUUACACUAAGACAAGAAGAUUUAAUAGUCCUCUCCUAUACUGCUUUCAGCAGUACAUUUAAAAAAAUAUUUUUUUGUUCAGAUUUUUAGAUCUGAACCAUACGGCAUAGGUGUAAUAUGUAAGUUAUAGUUCUGUGCCAUCAAACUUUUGUUUAAAAAAUCGAGGUUGUUUCUUACUAUGUUGAUUGAAAUUUUGCUAUUAAAUAUUUUUUUUUAUUCCAUUGCAACUCUUCCAAUCACUUGAUUGAAUUGAAUGGAGUGUUUGUAAGGUGCACAUGUGAAUGUAAACUAGUGUAGGAAAUCCUACAGGGUCUGAGAGUUGUGAUUAAAAGAACAUUGGAAUGAAAAUGCAGUUGUGUAUAGCGACAUUUUUUGUUUCACUCAUAUAAAUCAUCAUACCAA